AGUGCAGGAAAUGGCAAACUCCCAGUAUGAGGCAAAGCAUUCCCAUCGCUGCAAUUGGUCCACAGGAGCUAUAAAUUGGUCUCCUCCAGAAACAGAUCAAAAUUUGUCUUUGGGGAGGUCAGCUGGAAACUAAAGGCGCCAUGCAGAGAAAUGGUGCUGCCUUCCCUCAAACACUAGACCCCACACAUGACUUCCACAUCGCACUGCUGGAUCAGAGACGGAGGCUGCGUGGCCAAAUUGCUCACCUUCACAAGGCGGCUCGUAAACUCAGCAAGCUCCGACAAAGGUCCCUGAUUGCCAAUGUCAGUGGGAGCACCCUGACCGCUGCAGGAGCUGUCACAGCCAUCGUGGGGCUGUCCCUCAGCCCGGCAACACUGGGAGCCUCUCUCCUGGUGUCAGCUGUGGGUCUGGGUCUGGCCACAGCUGGGGGGGCUGUCAGCAUCACCUCCGAUCUCUCCUUAGUGCUUUGCAAUUCCCGGGAGGUGAGGAAGGUGCAGGAAAUCGCUAUGACUUGUCGGAAACAGAUGAGGGAAAUCCUUGGCUGCCUGGAGUUCCUCCGCCGAGGGCAGGGCCCAGGGGACCCCACACUGCGCCAGUCAGAGAAGAGAGCCUCCAUCUCGCUGUACAACUCCGUCUGCUUCAUGGUCUUCUGUGGCUCCCACAGCUUCCUCGUGCCAGAGUACACAAAGGAGGUCACUAAAGUGAGCCAGGCGGUGCUUAAGGCCAAAAUCCAGAAGCUGGCUGCCAACCUCGAGACCUGCACCAGAGCGAUGGAUGAAGUCUGUGAACUUCUUGAGUCGAGGACAGAGCUUUCCCCAUGCAUGAGGAGACCCAACUUGAAUGCUAAAAAGACUGCUGAGAUCCCAAGAUCAUCCAGCUUAAACAGUGUUUGCCCUAUAAUUAAAACCAGGCUUGGAGACAAUUAUUAAUUGUCACCAUUAGCACUGCUACCUGUUGCUAUUGUAAUAUUGGUGGUGUUAAUCUGCACAGGUGCACACAUCUCUCAUGUGCCUUAUCUAUAUCUGAACACAAACUCCUUCCUGAUAGGAAGCUAAAGCUUCCACACACACACCACCAACUGACAGUAGUCACCUCAUUCAGGUUGGAGGUUAUGAUGGACUGUUGUGUACACACCAGCAGAUCCCAGAGCUUGAAGGCAGCGGUAGAUGGCCAUUCCUCAGACCCAUGCUUCCCCAGCCAUCUGCCCAGCUCUGCUUCCCCAAGGCAGCAAAAAGUAGCAUGUCAGGAGGCUGAUGAAAUCCCUGCAGCCAUGGUGCUGAUUGAACCUGGUUUGUAAAUAACUUAUAAAUCUAUGAAUGGUAAAAGGGUUAGGGCACCCUCAAAAAACCAGCAGUUGCCAGUUCCUCAUAGAGUAUUGUCCAGUUACCGAGGUACAUUUGGAAAUGCUGUUGAAGGAAGCAUCUCCAGAUAUGACAGACUGUAUGGAUAGCUCAUCACCCCCAGGUGAAAUAGCAGGGCCAGAAAUUGUUAUCCAUUUUGAAGAAACCUCUGCAGGCUGAGAACUGUGAUGUUUGUGUUCUAUUUAUUUACACAGAAUUAUUUUAAGGUUCUGAUAUUGUAUUUAAAGAUGUAUUUUUUUUUCUUUUAUAAAGGAGGCCUCUGCUCCAAAGGAAAGCCGCUGUUCUUAGAGGCAAAGUAAGUCUGUGGCAUGUGAGAGCAAGUUACCUGUUCUUUGGCUGUGAGGGAAAGGAAGUCCCUAUAUGAAAGAAAAGCAUGGCUGGAAGGCUGGUAACUAUAAAAUAGGUGAAACAAGGUCAAACACUGAUGACAGAUCUUAUAAAUCAAAACAGGAGAAGGACAGGUCAGUGUUCCUGGGACCACAGCCUGCCUCAGGGCACUGGUGGAAGAAAGCAGUUAUAUCUCUUGCAUCAGGGAGGAAAAUGUAGGUUGGUGCUACUGGUCUGAGCUGGAGCACAGCUGUGAUGGAAGCACAUCUGAAAGGUGGAGGUGCCCCUCUCCAUGCAGUCAAGCAGCCUGUGAAACCCACAGUGGUUUGCCUGAGGGAGGAGGCAGCACUCAUGGAGAGCUACAUAUACUCGUAGCAGGGAAAGACUUCCCUUGUCCCAGGGAAGGCUUCAUGUUAGCAAAAUAUAUAUUGGUACUAAUACUCAAGAGGGGUGCAAAGGAAUAGCAUGAUUCAGCAGCAGAACACUUAUGAAGCAGGAGGAAGGGCUGGGUCUCUCCUUCAAGUGACUGUUCUGUUAAAGAUGUCCUUCAUGAUUUUUGACCCUUUCAGUGCCUCAGUUCUCUGUCUAAAAAUUGGGAUAGUAGUACUUCCCUACCUCAAAAGAAUGUUUCUGGGACAAAUAUUGAAAAGUGCUCAAGUAGUGUGAUGGUGGGGAUCACAUCAGCACCUGGAAGAAGUACAAGGAAGAGACCCCAGAAACUAGCUUGAGACAAGUAGAGGAGUUAAUGCAGGGAUAAUUCCCAGGGGUAAUUCCACCUCCACAGGUAGCCUCAGUGGAUAAGUGAAACUUCCCUGCAGAUGCAUGUAUCAAAAUGAUUAGAAAAACUCACUCUGUAAUUCUGUAACACUGAGCAAACUCUGGAGAAGGGCAACAAUCCAUCUCAGAGAGUUUGAAUCCUUGUCCUUUUCGUCUCUUCCUUUUGUGACAUCAACAUAUGUUUUUUUCACAUAAGAACAAAAGCCUUGGCUCCUCAGAGUGUGACUCAGAUGCUUGUAAUGCCCGUUUCUGCCAAAAAUGAACAACUACACUGUUGGUUUAAUUAAAUUAAUAUGAAGCA